CUAAAAAUCUUUUCAUGGAAGUAAAGGGCAAAAGGUUUUCAAAAGAAGGAAUUGGGUUAUGUAUAUUAGCGUUGGAAUACGUGGCAAGCAUGGUGAUUAAGGUAUUGGAAUUUGGAUGGGCUGCUUCAAAAUGUGAUGGACUGCUUCAUCUCCCCUGUUUUCAGUCGCUCCUUGGUGGGCUGUGUCCUAUAAAUCCAACGCCCCUUCUUCUCUGCCCUUCCCCCACUUCUCCUUUACAAUUUGCAUUACUUCUCUUCACUUCUUUCUUUUUAUAAAUUCCUCAACGCUCAAUUAAUUACUCACCGCUGAUCCCACAUUUCCAAGAUGGGCGAAGAAGCUGUUCAGAUGCAGCAGCAGCAGCAGGAAGAAGCAAAGGUAGAGGAGAUGAAAUUGGAGGAAGCCAAGCCCUGUCCUUGUCCUCCGAUCGUAUUGUUGGUGGAUCUUCAUUGCAGUGGGUGUGCAAAGAAAAUAGAAAAGUGUAUUAUGAGAAUCAGAGGAGUGGAAGGGGUGAGCAUUGACAUGGCGAAAAAUGAAGUAACCAUAAAAGGAAUAGUAGACCCAGAUGCGGUUUGCGCCAAAAUCACCACCAAGACCAAGAGGGUAGCCAAAGUGUUGUCCCCAUCGCCGCCGCUGCCUGAGGGUGAACCCAGCCCCCACCUAAUUGUUAACUCCCAGUUGAAGGUGGUGGAAUUGAACGUCAACAUGCACUGCGACGCCUGUGCUCACCAGCUCAAGAAGAAGAUACUCAAAAUGAGAGUUUCAGGAGUCCAAACAGCAUCCACAGAAUUGAGCACAGGCAAGGUAGUGGUAACAGGAACCAUGGAUGGGGAUAAGCUCGUGGACUACGUGUACAGACGCACCAAAAAACAAGCCAGAAUAGUUCCACAGCCCCAACCCACAGCCACGCCACCAGAAGAAGAGCCAUUAAAACCCGAAGAAAGCAAAGAAGAGCAGGCGGCACCACCACCACCACCACCACCAGAGGAGAUUAAGACAGAAGACGCUGCUGCACCCCAAGCCCAAGGAACAGACACGAACAACAAUAACAAGGAAGAGGUACAACCAAAAGCGGCGGAAGAGGGUGGGGGGCCGGUGGUGGAAGCGACGGCCGAGACAAAACCAAAUGUGGAGGUGGAGGAAGCGAAGGCGGCGGAGGCUGGAGAUGAGAUGAUGGGUGAGGAUGAUCAUGAAAGCAUGAAGAGGAUGAUGUACCAAUAUUAUCAAUAUCAGCCACUUUACGUUAUGGAACGAAUUCCACCGCCUCAGCUGUUCAGCGAUGAGAAUCCCAAUGCGUGUUGCGUUCUAUAAAUUUAAACCCUUUUCAAAUCCAUUACUUUACUGCUCUGCUUCUCACCAAUUAGUACAGUCCCACAGAAAAGAAACCUUCAAAUUCCCACUCAUCCGAUCAAAUUAUUGCAUGCAUCGGUUCCUAUACUUCAUCCAUAUUCCUAUCCUCCUGUAUCUCUUCUGUAUUAUAAUCAAUUCCAUCUUUGUAUCAAUAAUUCUCUCCUUCAUAUUUAAA